UAGUCUGGCUCCUUAGGGGAAGAGCGUGCAGCUUUGGACUCUGCCCAGUUGGUGCUGGGCGGAAGAAGCGGCGAUGUCGCUGGUGUCGGCGCUGCAGACCGGGGGAGAAAUGGUCAGGCGCGGAGGUCGUGCCCUCCUCUGCAAUGAGCUCCAUGCCCGCAUCUGCUCCUGCUGGGCUCCCGCUACUCCGCCUGCCACCAGCCAAGGCGGGGAAGCCUAUGCACCGAGCAGCUGCAAGGCUGGAUGCCCUGGGUUCAGCAGCGACUCCUGCCAGCCCAUUGGCUGGUGCAGGCAGCCAGGGGCUAUUCUGUCUCGGUUUUCUCGCAGGCGGUGGGGCGUGGGCACCACCCUGGUGCCCUCGGGGCACGGUUACCGCUGCCGGAUAUCGAAAGCCUGCAUGCAUCAACUCAGACCGUGCCAGGGACUUGGUGCUUGCCUGGCCCUCCCACGCUGUUGGUACCAGGGUGUUGACACCUUUCUGAGCCAAAAGGGUCCGUGUCAGACCUUUUGCAGCAGCUUAGCCCACCCAAGCUCUACUCGCCAGUCUCGUAGUGCCAGCCUCAGGUCACCUUGGCUUAUGAAGAUCCUGUUAAGGACAUACAGCCAGUCAGUCACUGGGCAACCUUGUGCCAGUCUACCUUGGUGGCCCAAGCAGCCGGCUUCUUCCCUUGUCCCUGCUCCAAGAGUGGGCAAGCAUAGUUACCAUGCCAGUCGCCCAGCAGGGACUGAGUGCCACGUGGUGGAUCUGCGCAGUGACACUGUGACUCAGCCGAGCCCCGAGAUGAGGCAAGCUAUGGCCCAGGCAGAGGUGGGGGAUGAUGACUACGGGGAGGACCCCACGGUCAAUGAACUGCAGAGAGUAGUGGCUAAUCUCCUUGGAAUGGAAGGGGCCUUGUUUGUUCCCACAGCCACCAUGGCGAACCUCAUUGCUGUCAUGUGCCACUGUCGCAGGCGAGGGGCGCAGCUCCUGCUUGGGAGGGAGUCCCACAUCCAUGUGUUUGAGCACGGAGGGUAUGCACAGGUGGCGGGAGUCCAUUCAGAGGCAUUGCAGGACGUGCCCAACGGGAUCAUCAAUCUGGAUGAACUGGAGCAGAAGAUCCAGCGGGCCCACCAAAGCCAGUACCACCCCCGCCCUGAGCUCAUUUGCCUCGAGAACACGCACAGCUCGGCCGGGGGGAGGGUGCUGCCCCUUAAGUACCUGCAAGAGGUGCACCAGGUAGCUCAGCGAUACGGGCUGCAGAUUCACAUGGAUGGCGCCAGGGUGCUUAACGCCGCUGUGGCCUUGGGAGUGCCGCCGGCUCAUAUCUCGCAGCACUGCAACUCCAUCUCCCUGUGCCUCUCGAAGGGUGUGGGAGCACCAGCCGGGGCAGUUCUGGCUGGAAGCGGAGAGCUGAUCGCCGAAGCCUGGCGUGUGCGGAAGCUCCUCGGAGGCGGGAUGCGCCAGGCAGGGGUCCUGGCAGCCGCUGGCCUGGUUGGGUUGAGCCGUGUGGAGGAGACGCUGAAGAGGGAUCAUCACAAUGCCAGACACUUCGCCCAAGGUGCCUUUGCCCUGGGCUCGCCUCUCUGCUCCGUAAACCCUGCCACCGUGGAGACCAACAUCGUCAUGGCAACUGUCUCGGCUCCCGGGCUGACCCCUGCCAAGCUGUGUGAGCUGAUGGAGGCCGUGAGUGAGGAGGAGGUGGCCGCCACAGGCCAAGCAGUUAGCGUGAGGCUUUUCCCGUGGGGCGAGCGUCGCCUGCGCGCUGUCUGGCACUGCGACGUCUCCCUCCGAGACACGCAGCUGGCUGAGGGCAAGUGGCGCUUUGUCCUGGGCAAAUGGGAGCAGCAAAGUGCCGGCGUACCCUGAAGCCAGUCUGGCGGGCCGGAAGCCAAGUUGGCACGCAGGACGUCAGUCUGAAACAAGCCAGGGCGUGCCGAGAAGUUAAGCCUGUGAUUGGUCAGCCCUGGCCUAGCUAAAGACGUGGUUCACGUGGCUCCAGCCCUGUCUGGCUCUACAGAGGAGAGAAGCAGGCUUCGGCUUCCCAAGCCACCUGCUAUGGGGGAACAGCAGUGGGAGAGCCUGCCCGUUUCCAGGAUUCUGUUGCCAGACCAAUGGAGCUGCGUCACUUCAUGGUCUUGCAGGAAACAGGCCCAACAUGGCUUCCACACACACCCCACAGCCUUUGUGCAUUCUGAGGGAAUGGGGAAGGAGCUUUGUUUCCCAGGGAUGCUCUGUUCCUGUUCUGUUCAGGCUAAGGGAUACCUGCCAGCUACGACCUGUAGCUUUAAGAAAAGGAGCUUUUUUAUUUUUCCUCCUCCCUCCCAUUCCCUUUUUCCUUGUGUGCCACGUCUUUUCGAUUAUAACCCUGAAGGCAAGGGCUGCCUUACAACUGAUUUCUGUAAGCUGCUCUGGGAGCAUUGUUCCAGCUGUAGGAGAAGGGUAGAAAGCGUUUGACUAAAUAAAUGGCAUCACUUCCUACCAGAGCCCUUUUUAAUUCAAGAGGCCCCAGAUGCAUCAAGGAGGACAAGCAGUUUGGCAUGCUUGGAAGGGAAGGAGCAUCAGCUACGCAUACCAAGAAACAGGGAGAAGGAGCCGUGGAUCCUUCAGUUGUUGAGUUAGGACAGGGAUGGGGAGCUAGUCCAGAUGUUGCUGGACUACAACUCCCAUCACCCCAGGCCCACUGGCCAUGCUGACUGGGGCUGAUGGAAACUGGAGUCCAGAAACAUCUGGGUGGGUCACACAGGCCUCCUACCCUUGGGAACAAGGCCCUAGCUGUUUCUCUUCCUCAGCUCUGCUUGCACACCAAGAGUUGAGUAAUGAACCCAGCAUGUAAGGAUGGCAAGCGCUGCACCUUAUCGAUGGGGGUCCCUCGCCCCUUCCACAUGCAUCCCUCAGCCUGGCACACCCACAAGCAGAUCUUCGUAACACCUUGCGGUCCAUGCAGGUUACGUGUUGUGGCUGCACGACAAGAGGGGUAUCAGCAGCGGUGGAAUUUUCACCCCAAGAAGGCCAAUCGAGCAGAGUCGGGUUAUGUCACAGCCCUGG